GCUAUCACAUCUCCACGUAGAACAAUUCCAUUGGUCAAAAUCGAGGAAUCGUCGUCUUGGAUUGAGCAGUUUCAUUCAAAAGUCGAUAGAUAUCGAGUGAAAAGGUGUAAAAUCGAUGUUUUGGAUCCUAUCACAUUCUAAAGUAUUUUAAUUCAGAUGAAUUGAGCCCCACAGGAUGCGAAAAUUCAGGAGAGCUCAGGCCCAGAAUCAGGCGUCCAUCGAACGACAUCUGAAUGGAAAUGUCCUAGAAUCAUCGAGCGAUGAGGAGAAUGAAAAUUCUCACGAAUCACUCCAGGAGGCUGUCUCCAAAACACUGUCCUCGUAUGAGUUUGAAGGUGGAGACACAGAAAAAACUCUGUCAUACCUGACUGAUUUGUUCCAGUCAGGAGGUGCUGUUUGCCUGAUUUGUAUAUCUUCAGUGAAAAAAACUGAUCCAAUAUGGAGCUGUUCGACGUGUUACAAUUUUCUCCACUUGACGUGCAUCCAGCACUGGAUCCGAGACAGCCUGACGUCAAAACACUCAAAAGGUAUUCCACCAGUGUGGGCAUGUCCAAAAUGUCGAACAGAGUAUCCAGAGUCCUCCACACCCACAUCGUAUCUCUGCUUCUGCCAAAAAACAAAAGACCCAGAGCCACAGCCCUGGAUAAUACCCCACUCCUGCGAGGAGAAAUGUUCAAAGCCUCUGAAUCCCCCCUGUGGACACACGUGCACCCUUCUGUGCCAUCCAGGGCCCUGUCCCCCCUGUCCGAAGAUGGUGUCGACGACGUGCCACUGUGGAAAGCAGCCACUACAGCCACGUCGCUGCAACACCAAGUCCUGGAGUUGCAGAGCCCCUUGCAACAAAAUCCUCCCCUGUGGCCACACCUGCAAACUAGAGUGUCACACUGGCCCUUGUCUACCCUGUCCAGAAGUGGUAUCAACCCCCUGUCACUGUGGCACCUCGACAAAAUCCCUGAAGUGCUCAGAAAUCACCUGGAGAUGUCCAAAAAAAUGCACCAACCAGCUAAACUGCAAAAUUCACACGUGUGAGGGCACCUGUCAUGCACCAGGUGACUGUGGUGACUGCCCAGUGGCAAGAAAUAGGACCUGCCCUUGUGGAAAAAAAAAGUACAACGUCUCCUGCAAGCAGAAAACACUGCCAACGUGCGGAGACACUUGUGGAAAACUCCUGGACUGUGGCACUCACUUCUGCAACAUGCGCUGUCAUCUCGGUGACUGUGGCCAGUGCCUGGAGGUCGUUACCAAGGCGUGCAGGUGUGGCUCCUACACGAAGGAGAUAUCCUGCACCAAAGAAUUUCACUGCAACAAGAAGUGCACGAGUAUCAGAGCGUGUGGCAAGCAUCCAUGCAACAAAAAGUGCUGUGACUGCAGCAAGACUGGGAUAAAUCCAUGUGAGAAGAUCUGCGAGAGUUCCCUCAACUGUAGGAAGCACAAGUGUACAGCCCCAUGCCACUCUGGUCCCUGCUACCCCUGUCCCAGAACUAUCACCUUCCAGUGCAGGUGUGGCAACAGCAAGAUUGAGGUGCCAUGUGGCACCAGGAAGAGAAUCAAACCCCCUCACUGUAACAAAUUGUGUAGAAUUCCACCGAUUUGCCAUCAUCCUAAGCAAGAGUCCCACAAGUGUCAUCAGGGCAGUUGUCCCCCAUGCAAGAAAAUUUGUCAUCUGGUGUAUCAGAGAUGUGGACACCAGUGUGUCGCUGUCUGUCAUAGCAAGGUGUGGGUCAAGGUGAGGGUCAAUGGUGUCGCACAGCCAGCUGGACCCUGGGAGUUAUCUAAGGACCGAAUGGAACUCAAAACCCUUCCCUGUCCACCCUGCGAGGUCUCUGUUAUGGUGACCUGUCUGGGGGGACAUGAGACUAGGCCCUGGCCAUGCCAUAUUGCUAUUCCUGGAUCCUGUGGGAGGGAAUGUGGCAGGGGACUGCCUUGUGGUAAUCACAAUUGUGAGAUUGUCUGUCAUAAGGUGAGGGGAGCUGGUGAUGUCGACGAUUGCAUGGAGUGCGAGGAGCCCUGCAAACUGCCGAGGCCUGAUGGAUGCUCUCAUUUGUGUCCAAACAGAUGUCAUCCUGCACCAUGUCCACCCUGCAAGCAACCCGUCAAGAUUGCCUGUCAUUGUGGCCUCAAUAGCUUGUACAAAAGGUGUGUCGAGGUCACUAGCACCAGGGGCAAGGACAGGGACGAGAUGCUCAAGUGUGGCAAUCAGUGUCCACGAAAUUACUCCUGUGGCCACCGGUGCAUUGACAACUGUCAUUCGGGUAACUGUCGCCCCUCAGACAUUUGCAACAAGCGAAUUAAAAUCACUUGCAAGUGCCAGAGAAUAAAAAAAUCAGUUCUCUGCACGGAAGUGCAGAGGGGAAAUGUGAAGAUCGAGUGUGACCAUCAGUGCAAGGAGCUGAAGCAGCAGAAAGAACGCGCCCAGGAGGUGGAGUUGGCGAGAAAGAAGAAAGAGGAGGAGUUGAAGAAUCAGAGGGAAGUGGAGAAAUUCGAGAGGAAGUUCAAGCCUCGGAGGAAGGGAAAGGAGAGGACAGAGAGUGUUGAAUGCGAGAGGAGCAACAAUCGAAUGUACAUGAUGCGAGGUCUUUACUUCGCGGUCGUAUGCGUCAUAAUUGGAGUUGUCACGUUUUAUAUGACUGAGAGAAUUUAAAUCCACGUUUUAUCACGCGUUUUAUCACACGUUUUAUCGUCUUUCUGCCAGAGAGAACCCCUACACUAAGUUCCUUUAGUAAUUAUCCUUCGAGUGUGAAAUAUGUGUGAGGUAUCAUCAAUGUGUCUUUCUUAUUCGACCAAAAAUAAUAGUGAUUUAUAAAUAAAAAAGUCUUACCGAUAA